AUGAACCGAGCGGUGGCUACUAUCAACAAGAAAUGUGGCACGUCGAUCCCCAAUACUUUGCUGAAGCUAGGCUCCACGCUCCUGGGCGGCAUGGAGCACACAACGCUCAUCAUCUCGGUAUACACCAACUACGACUUGAAGCGGGGGGACUUGCCGUCGGACGAUGCUAUCGAGCUGAUACGGAACGCCUUGCAUCUCGAAGGGCCUCCUAGUGGAGCCCUUUGUUACGCUCCCCCGCCUGCUGGUUCCUUCACGCCGAGUCGCGUACAAAGCGCCCACCAUGCGCUAUGGCUGGCGAGCACCUCGAGAUUUCCUCCUCGAAUACGCACGGGUCACAAGCUGGUGAAGAAAUGGGAGCGCGGACUUUACGACUGCGAAUGCAUGGAGCGAGCAUUGGCCGCCAUCUGCAAGGAGUGUGGCGCUUGUACUCCCAGCGACCUGCUCGGCCUGCAGUCCACGCUCCUCGGAAGUAUGGAGUCUUCAAGUCUGAUCGUUCAGGUGUAUUCGAACUUCGACCUGAAGAGGAGGGAUUUGCCUUCGGAGGACGAGAUUGAGCUUGUACGACAAGCUCUAGACCUGAAGGGACCGCCGAGAUGGUUCCUGGACGGUACGGAUUGGCGUUGGUCGCGUUGGUGA